AUGUCUACCACAUCCUCCCAGAAAUCCCCCCAGCAAUCGCAUGAGACGAUGAACAAUCGUCUCACCGUAAUCGGUGCGAAGGAUCAGCGCGCCUACGAGCGCGCUAGGCACCAGACAAAGGAGCGGCGGGAGCAUGCGCAGGUGAACGAGCGCAAGGAGAGGGCGGCCGCGAGAGUACGAGCACCGGCGCUCAAGGAAGUGCACGUCAGCCGUGCUGCCAAGAGGGCCAGCAUGGAGUUCUGGGAUGGCGACGAGCCUGACUCUCGUCCUCUCGCUGCAUUGGGACGUCCCGUUAAUGUCGCACCAGUGCCGAGGAACAACUCUGGUUUCUCCAAGAUGGCGCUUGCUGAUUUCGUGACGUUCAAGAUCAAGAAACUAUCCAAGGCGCGAGAUGUCGACUUUGAGGUCCUCCCGCCUGUCCGUUCGGUCAUUGCUCUUGAUGACUUUGGACACGAGAUCGAGAUCAAUGAGCCUUGGGAAUUCAUAUCUCUUGCCCCCGAAUCCCCCACUUGGAAGGGCCUGUCGUACGCUCAGGCCGCUGCUUUGACGCUUUAG